CAGCUGCCCCUCCUUCCUUCAGUGCAGCCUGCAGUCUACAGAGUAGGGAGUGGGAGCUUGGCACUUGCGCUACUGAGACACUGACUGUCCGGUACUGAAGCCCACACUUGCCCCUGAGUGGAAGAAGAGGUCCCUCCGUGCUCGGGAGAGAGGAGACAAUUUGUCGUGUUCUAAGCAAUGGCAGCGAUUCGGAAAAAGCUGGUGAUUGUUGGAGAUGGUGCCUGUGGGAAGACCUGCCUGCUCAUUGUAUUCAGCAAGGAUCAGUUCCCUGAGGUUUAUGUCCCAACUGUCUUUGAGAACUACAUUGCCGAUAUAGAAGUCGAUGGAAAACAGGUGGAACUGGCUCUGUGGGACACAGCAGGACAGGAGGAUUAUGACAGGCUACGCCCACUUUCUUACCCUGAUACUGAUGUGAUUUUGAUGUGUUUCUCAAUUGACAGCCCUGACAGUUUAGAGAAUAUUCCUGAGAAAUGGACUCCAGAAGUGAAGCAUUUCUGUCCCAAUGUACCCAUUAUUCUUGUCGGUAACAAAAAGGAUCUAAGAAAUGAUGAACACACUAGAAGAGAGCUGACAAAGAUGAAGCAGGAGCCAGUUAAACCAGAAGAUGGCAGAGAAAUGGCCAACAGAAUCAAUGCAUUUGGCUACCUGGAAUGUUCUGCUAAGACAAAGGAUGGCGUGAGAGAAGUUUUUGAAAUGGCUACACGGGCUGCCUUGCAAGUUAGGAAACACAGAAAGAAGCAACGUUGUUCUAUUCUAUAAGAAAAUUCCUAAAGCCUUUUAGAAAGACCAAGAGAAGAACAAAGUGAGAAGCUCUUUAUUUUGCUGCUGCACCACCUGCUAUGUUGAUGCCAGAGACUUCAGUAGCAAAGAGCUGUAUGCACAGUCUGUAUUGUAAUUGUAUGUAUCUGUUUUUGUUUUGUUUUCCUACCUAUUGAUCUCUCUAGAAUCAGGCAAUGUCUGGGGUUGAGAAAAUAGAUUUCAAGACACAGUUGAGAGAUUUUAGAUGUCCCUGCCCCAGUAAGGGACCCAUAUUUUCAUUUCUGGUUUUAGACUUUAAAAGCACAUGUGGGAUUCUAGUUGGCUUUUUCUCUGUGUCAUAUUCUGGCUUUUCUGGUCAGAAAAUAUUGGUGUAAUAUUUUAAAUGUCCAGUUACCAUUUUACAUAAUGGCCUAUUCAUCAUUUUUGUUGGACUCUUGAUAAUGGUCAGGGGUAGAUAGAUUCCCUUACUGUACAUUUAAAAGGGUACCUCAGUCAACAUAUGAUUCUUGCAUAGCACAAUACAGUCAAACAAUCAAGUUGCACUAACCACUCCUUAAUUUUCAGUGGCCUCCCAAUUACCUUCUAUAUUACCCUAGCUCUAAACAUAUUUAGUGCCCAAAAGGACCAAAAGAAAAUAAGUCUCAACUCUGAUUUGGGCUUUUGUUGUCUUUUGGGCUUUUCUCCUUUGUGUCGAUAUGUUAUUGAGAGUAUUGUGGGUUUUUUAAAUUUGACAAUGCAUACAUGAAAUCCAGUGUUUAAAAUUAUUUUCCUUAUUAGGGAUUUUAAAAUGUGCAAUUGUUUCAUGAAAGGUAAGUGAAUAAUUUUUCCACAAGCACUUUUGGUAGCUGCUUGUAUAAAAGUACAUUUGUCAUUGGGAUACCCCAGAUAUACAUAUGCAUUUUCAAUCUAAAGGCAAAAGUAGAGUAAAAUACUUUAGGUUUGUUGUUUUUCAGGAAACCUUAUACUGCUGUUUGGCUAUAGAAUAUCAUUAAAGGGUCAAGGUUUGGCACAGUGACCGGCAUUUCUUGGCCUAUACUUUGAGUUCCCUUUUGCCUUCUCAAUGCCUACCUUCUCUUUCCAAUGCCUCCCUAUAUGUAAAAUAUGCAAAACCAUAUACAAGCUUGGCUUUUUGUGUGUUUGGAACAUUUCUUUUGUGCAUAAUUGCAGUUACACAGGUAAAGGUCAGUGCCAUUCUGUUUACAGGUGCUGUGCCAGACUUGCUAGAAUCCAUGCAGCACCAUGUUCUAGCAGUUUAGCAGCUCCCACUCAUCUCCAUCUGGAUAUCGAGAUAAGAAAUGUUUUUGCACACAAUAAGAUGUACCUUAUUUUUAUUUCUAAGGGGAUGAAUUGGAUGGUAAAAAAACUGAUUAUGGCAAUUUCUUUAUAGGUUUUAUUUAAUUGCUCCAGCUUACAUUCAUUAUUUUCAUUCCAUUAUGACCUGUGCCAAAUGUCUGUAGCUUGAUUUACCGUAUCAAAUUUCAAAUAAUAUACACUGUCCUCUUCAUAUUCAUUGUUUUAGGGAUAUGACACGUGAGGCAUUUUUUUUUUGGUGGGAUGACAAUGUCCAAAAAUACCUUACCAUUGGCCUAAAUGUAAGUUGCAUCGGCAGACGUUUUUGAAUUAAUUAAGAGAUUUGAGGGAUAUAUUGAUGGCAAUUUACAUUCAGGGCAAUGCCGAGGUGUUUAUUGUUGCCUAUAGGAGCAUGAUUUCCCCAUGUGCCAUCGCCCUUACUAGUAGAGAUCAUUAGUUCCCAUCAUCCCGUGCCAAGAAUCAAGAAUGCAUUUCUCUCCAAGAAGGUUUGAAUGAAAAAGUCCACAACUACCACAACUUGACUGAGGGUAGAGAUUUGACUUUUUUUCCUGAUGCUUUAAUGAUUUCACUAAACUGAUGAUUAGCCACUGUGUGUUUGCAAAUUAAUUUCUACAAAUACAAUUUUCUUUCCUUCGAUAAAAGCACAUAUGUCUGAAUAAACUACACGGCUGGUAUAAACUUAACCUGUUUUGUACAGCAGGUGAUCCUGAAACUUGGCUCUUUUGGCUGAGUUCAUGAGUUAAUUUUGGUGUGACUACCCCCGCCCCCCCACCAGAAAAUGCUUUAUACUGACUGAGAAAAUAAGUUUCUUGUCCUGUUUUACUUUGCUUUCCUGCUAUUCUUAAAACCUCCCUGCGCCAUCACUAAAUAAUGCACACAUUAAACACCAGCAUUUUUGAUAAGUGUAACAAUCGGUUUGAAGAACCCACCUGUUUGUGCUUUGUCUACUGAAAACAUUGUAUGUGCCGUGUACAGCAAAACAACAAACUAGCUUUAUCUUUUUCCAGACCUUUGGCUUGUGUCCCACAUGUUUGCCUUUUAACUACUUCAUAGAAAUAAAGCCUAUAACUGUAAUAA